GGGGCGGGGCACGGGCGGGGUAAGAUGGCGGCGGGGGGCGCGGCGGAUGCCCAGGCGCGCUUUGGCCACUCGGUGAAGGGGCUCCUGACCGAGAAGGUGACAAGCUGCGGCACCGACGUGAUCGCUCUCACUAAGCAGGUGCUGAAGGGCUCUCGUAGCGCCGAGCUGCUGGGUCAAGCUGCGAGAAACAUGGUGAUGCAAGAAGAUGCCAUCCUGCACUCGGAAGAUAGUUUAAGAAAAAUGGCCAUAAUAACUACUCAUCUACAGUACCAGCAAGAAGCAAUUCAAAAGAACGUGGAGCGCUCGUCAAACCUUCAGGACCAGCUGAGUCACUUGCUGAAAUGAAGGGGAGCCGAAAGCUUGAGGAACCUCAACCAGCACUGAGGGAGUGAAGUGUUCUCCCCCUUCCAGCUCCUGGGGCUCAGAACUAUGUCUGGAUGAUGCUGGAUGUCAGCUGGGAUAUGUGCAGAGUCUGUGCUUCUGGGCACGUGGCCCCCUCUCGUGUGCCUGCAUCCACACCUCUGCUCCAGAGUGCACACCUGCACCUGGCUGAAACAAACUUCCCUGAAACUUUGCUCUUCCCAAUAAUUCCUGUGUCUGCUUACUUCCCAUGUAGCGUGAAGUGCUCAGCCCACCCCAGCACCCUUGGCAAGAAAUGCAGAGUUGAGGCAUGGUGUUUAAAUGCAGGUGCCUGCAGUGUGCCACUGCUCUGUAUUUAGCCGCAGAGGUGGCACAGAGUGCAGUUUAUUUAGGGCAUUUUAAUCAGUGUGAGCUGCAAGUGCCUGGGCAGAGGAGAGGUGCUUCAGUGUAGGCUGAGGUGCCAGUCCCAGCACAGAAUUUCUGAGAUCAGGAAUCUAAGAACACACAUCUGCCAAUGGCCUAGCUGAAUGUGGUUUGGCCAUCAUCCUCCUCAGAGGUUAUCUUAUUUUCCUCUCUGCCAGAGUUUGGAACAUCAUCCCUUUGCCAGCCCACAUGUGCUGCAUUCAGCCUUCAACUGCAUUCCUUCUCCUGGGCUGCUGCUCCAGCUUUUGAUGAAGCAGCCUUGGCUGUGGUGUGUGUUUAUAUCUGGUUGGGAAGGUAUCCAAAGGCCCGUCUGGGAAGCAGGCAGGAGAGCAUCAGGAGCUGGUGUGCUCAGUUCUGCACUGCUCUGUUGAAGGCUAGUGAGCUGUUCACAUCCAGGACCAGCUAUAAAUACUGUGUCUUGUUUUUGGUAAGUCACUUAUCUGGAGCACUUGGAGUGCACGGGAAGCACUUGUUUCCCUGAGUGUGCUUUUCACCAGCUGAUAGGAGCAGGCAGGCUGAGAGCCGACACGGGCCUGCCACAUUCCUGUUGGAAUGCUGUUGGAGACUGGCUCCUGUGCUGCAGAGCCUUCUCAGACUAGAUUUCACCAUCCCUGCCAGUAUUUUUGCCUUGGGUGACAUUCUGACCUCAGCUUUGCAGGUGGACUUUGGGAAUGAGAGUUUUCCCUGUGAUUUUCUUGCUGGGAAUAAAAGCUGUCCUGAACACCACCAAA